GGUGAUGGGAUCUGAGGACGAAGCUUUCGGCUGGGCCCAAGCAAACCCAGAGGGCAACCUUCGCGAAUCUGGGGAUUAUCCCAGUCGACUGCCGAUCCACACUGCGGACGACUGUCGCCAGGCUUGGCGCGGUCCUAACGGGAAUCGGCGGUAUGGCGAAGCGUCGACCGCACAGGCAAUAGGCCCCCUCCCGUUGGGCCCGGUAGAUCUGGACUGAAGCAACACACCGGACGUGGCCACGGCGACUUUUGAUCGUCGGCGUCGUAGCUGCGCCAUAUACGCAUUCGUACGCACCUGCACGGUCAUUCUGCUGUCUCGGCCACCGAGGUCUCGCAGAGCUCGAUGGAGGGAAGCUGCGUGCCUUGGCAUUCUGCGGGCGACUUCAACAUGGCGCGCACAUACCUGUUAUCCCUUCGCGUACACACCAAGCCUUUGCGUAUCCCGUCGCGCUGUAUUCCCUGGCGCAUGCGACUUUCCUUCACCCUGCGUAUUGCAUACGCUUUCGGGUGUCCCGUGUCAAGGGUCGCGCGUCGAAUGCUAGUGACCCCACGCGUCGGGAGCUAUGACCUCUGGUGCAAGAUAUACGGUGCCCAGCACGCUGCGGCAGGCAGGAGACUGCAAGACGUCGGAAGAUCCCAAGUGGUUACGUCGAUUAGGAUUCCCGCCUUGCACAAUGUCGUGACCGUGGACCAGGACCAGUGCAUCGUUGUCAGACCCAGCGCGGCAGACCGUGUCGGCCAGCGAACACAGCGUGUCCAUGGUGUUAUAUGUCGACAGUCUCGGACAGCGUCCGCGUCCGCGUGCACGCUCAGCCCGCUCGCUUGCCGUACGGCGGUGCUACCCACGAACAAAUCAGCUCCCCACGAUCUCCUCAUCAUUGCAUUCACCACCAUUCGUCGCCACCCGACAAGGGGAGAUCCGGAGGACUCUCCGCGCGCCGUUCGACACGGAGACUCGGGCCUUGGUGUCUCGGACGCGUGCCACGGUGCCCGUUUAUCGGGAUGACCAUCGAAGGAUCUCUUGGACGGCAAGGAGGCUGGUCCGGGUGUGCUGGUGCGCUAGUGCUCGAGAAGGCAUAGUGCGUCGUCGCUGAGGCGGCGCUCUUUAAAAAUGCGGUGAUCGUGUGCGGGGGACGCGGACCUUUCUUGCAUUCUCCGCGUCCAGCGCGACCUCCCAUUUUCUCAAUCGUCGAUCACUUCUCAUACCUCUCAUUCA